UUCGACGUUUGCGCGAUUAUAACUACGGGACGUUUUAAGCGAACGGCGGCUCCUCGUUCGUAAUGUCUGCAUUUAACGCGGCAACGUCCGGUGUGUACGGAGUCUUAAAUCAAGCACUCCCUUCGGUCUGACCCGCCCAGUGAACGGAAGACAGACGUGUGGUUAGCACAAGUGAAGCCAGGCUGUCCUGGGAAGUGAGGAGGCUGUUUGAGUCCGCGGAGAACAACGCCAUUUCACCGCUCAGACAACAGUCCGCUCAAACCACAGAAUGGCGUUGGAUAUCUACGACUCUCAGUACCUGCUCAUCCUAAUCCCUUUACUGGUGGUCGCCCUCCUCUUUAUCUUCUUCAUGCUCUUCACUAAAGAAACAUCUUACGAUGAGGUGCUGGCCCGGCAGAAACGCGACCUUAAGCUGCCUCCAUCCAAGCCAGACUCCCGCAAGAGGAACGACAAGAAGAGUAAGAGUAAGAAAAAAGAGAGUGCCAGUGUGGCUGGUGGAGGGGGCGGCAGCGGUGGUGGAGAGUCAGAAGAGGACCAGGGGGACUUUGAGGUGAUUGAUGGUGCCCAGAGCUCCAUCCUUGAUUUGGUUGAGGAGCCAGAGCCAUUGUCUGCAGCUCCCCCUGAUCCCCCAGCAUCUUCUCCCAAUGUGCCUGUUGCAGCUUCAACAGAGGCUUCUGUUGGUUUGAGGGAAAGAAAGAAGAAGGAGAAAAAGGCAGCAAAGGCCGCCGCCGCUGCUGCUGCUGCAGAAGCCGCUGCAAACAUUGUUGUGUUAGAUACAGCAACAUCUCCCCCACCUGAAGAGCAAGAAGUAAACAGCACAAAGGUGGUCAGCCACAAAGCACCAGCACCUAUCGUUGCCAGCAAGCAACCCAGCCCACCCUCUCCACAGCUUGAGGUCCAGAUACAGGUGGCCCAAGCUGCUACUGUGGGUCAGACCCCCCCACAGGCUUCCAAGAAGAAGAAAAAGCAGAAGUUGGAAGCAGCGAAUGAACAGCUGCCAGAACUCAAAGUCAAGCAAGCUCCCACUCCAGCCAAGAAGGAAGCACCUCUUCUGGCUGAAGUUCUCGACAAUGCAGCUCAAAGUUCAACGGGCGGAAAGAAAAAGAAUGCCAAGAAGCAGAAAAUCGAGCAUGUUGAGGUUGACUCAACAGCUUCUGCCAACCACCAGGCAGCCCACAAUAAUGAUCUACCUUCCAAGGGAAGCGGAAAGAAACCGAAGAAUGAGACUGAUAAAGUCUGUUGCAUUACAGAAAACACAGAGGUGAAGCUAAAGGAGCUGCUCUCAGCUCUGUCCACCAUCACACUGUCAGAAGCUGAGGCUGUCAGCUUGAUUGCUGUCCUCCGAGAGAAGAGCCCCAUUGCUGUGGACGCCUGGCACAAAUCUGCUGCAAAAUCAGAUCCGGCUGCUCAGGAACGUGGGCGUCUCCUAACUACUCUUGAAGAGGAGGCCUCCAUUGCCAAGGAUAAAGUCAAACAACUCAGUCAGGAGCUCCAAGCUGAGAAGAAAAAGACAGGCCGAGUGGAGGCUGUAAUGAGAGAGCAGUGUGCAGCAAUGGAGAAAGAAUUGGGCCUCAUGCAGGCCAAAGCACAAGGAAACUACCAGGAGCUCCAAACCAUGCAGAUCAAAUUCCAGCAGCUGAGGGAGCAGUUGGAGAGUCAGAUCUCUCACCUGCAGCAAGAGAACGGCAUUCUGAGAGAUGCAGUCAGUUCAGCUUCCAACCAGAUGGAGAGCAAAAAUUCUGCCGAAAUUAACAAACUCCGCUCUGAGUACGCUGCGCUGAUGAAAGAGUUGGGGGACAACAACGGCAAGCUGCAGCAGGAAGAGCACCAGAGGAAGUCGUUGGAGGUCAACUACAAGCAAAAUGUGUCUCAGCUGGAGGCCCAGCUACAAGAUGCUAAGCGACGCUGGGAAGAAAUGCAAAACUUCCUCCAUAGUGUCAAUACAGAGCGGGAAAAACUUAAGUCCUCUAAACAAGAGCUCCAUAAUCAGCUGAUGGCAGUGGAGAGUGAGAUGAACAACAAAAAUAAGGAGCUUCAGACCCUCCAUAGCAGCCUUACUGAAGCCAUGGUGUCCAAGGAGAGGCUGGAACAAAGAGUGAUAGACCUGCUGGAGGUGUCCCAACAUAGUAUACCUGACGACUCUUUGCAGGCUCGUGCUCAGGACCUCUUGAAUGAAAACAAAAGUUUUCAGGCCCAAAAUGAUUCAUUGCAAGCACAAAAUGAGAACCUGCAGGCCCAGAUCUCUACACAGGCCAGCCAAAUCUCCCAUAUUGAGGAGCUACAGAAGCUAUUGGCUGAAAAGGAGUUGCAGAGGAAGAGCCUGGAGGAUUCUUUGAAUGUUGAAAGGAGCAGUGGAGCCAGCAGAGAAACCAACAUGCAGGCUCUGCACAACGAGAACAUGUCAAUGAAGGCAGAGAUCCAAAAUCUGCGGGCACAGAUUUCUGAUCAGACUGCCUCCAAGCUUGCUUUGGACCAGAUCCAGAGAAGUAUCCAGGAAAAAGAGGAAAACAUGAAAACUGUAGAGAGCCUGCUGGAAAAGGGCCUGAUUGAAGUGGCCAAUAAGGAAGAUGAGCUAAAGACUGUAAGAGUAGAGAAUGAGGCUCUAAAGCAAGAAUUGUUUACUCUUCAGGGAAAGAUGGCAUAUCAGGUAUCAUCAGAAUCAAUUGUGCAAGAACUACAUAGCAAGAUCCAAGAGAGGGAUUUUCAGCUAAAGUCAAUGGAGGACAUUCUGCAGGCAGCACAAGACAGCUUGUCAGCCAAAGCAAGAACUGUCGAGGGUCUAGAACAGCGGCUUGCCACCCUGCAGGCAGAGAUGGAGCAGCUCAGACUGAAGGAGCCCUCGGAAGAACUUACCAGAACGGGUACCCAGCUUCAAGAACUCCAAGCUCAGCUUGCUGUGAAGGACCAGGAGAUCCAACUGAUACAGAUUGAGCUGAGAGACACAAUUGAGAGGGCACAGCAACAGUCUGUAGCUGCAGUGCCUAGCCCAGAUCUUCUUACAGCGUUGUCUGAAAAGGAGAAGCAAGUCUCAGAUCUGCAGUGUGAGCUGUGUGAGCUCAAGGAAUCUCUGGAUCUUCACAGAAAGAAGAACAAUGAGCUCCGGGAGAAAAACUGGAGUGCAAUGGAAGCUCUGUCAGCCACCGAGUCCAUGCUUCAAGGAAAACUCAGCAAAGCUGUCAAGGAGAACCAGGCGACACUGGCAUUGUCUGAGGCGGAAUGUCGCGACUUUCUGCACAGGCUUUUGCCCAAUGUGCCUGUGCCCAAAGAGCAGAAUCAUCAGGAGUGGCUCUGCAGUUUUGAGCGGAAUGUCACUGAAAGUUCAGCUGCACAAUCUCCCCCUGCAUCAGGGGACAUUGAGGAACUAUCUGAAAAGUUGAAAGAGGCAGAGGAAGCCCAAAGGAUUCUACAUGUAGACUGUGAGACGUAUAAGAAGGUUUUGGCAGAGACGGAGGGCAUCCUACAGCGCCUUCAGAAUAGCGUAGAGCAGGAAGAGUCGAGAUGGAAGGUGAUGGUGGAGCUAUCGCAAGUUGAGCUCAGAGAGAUGAGCCAGAAAGUCACAACUCUUGAGCAGGAGAUCAAGCGACUAAAUGAUGCAGCAGAGUUGGAAAAUCUGAGAAGAGAAAAGCAGCACUUGGAGUCUGAGCUGGAAAGGGCGGAGCGGGAGAGUGCCACAUACGUGACUGAGGUCCGAGAGCUCAAAGAUCUAUUGACUGAAUUGCAGACCAGACUUGAUGGCUCUUAUACAGAAGCUAUCAGGCAGAAUGAGGAGCUGAAUUUGCUGAAGACCCAGCUAACCAAGACCUUGUCCAAGCUCGAGGCCGAAGAAAAUGAGAGGCAACAGGUUGCUGGUGAUCUUUAUAAGGCACAGCAAUCUCUGGACCUGAUCCAUGGGGAGCUCUCGAAAGUGACGGACCAUGCUGAUGACAUUAUAGAGAACAGCAGUCUGUCAUCACAAAAAGAAGACAUAGACAGAAAGGAGAAGAUGACUGCAGGACUUAACCAGACAGUCCGUGAAGUGCAGCAGCUGCUACGAAGUGUCAGCCAACAGCUCACCAAGGAAGCGGAGGCUGACAGAGACCUGUCAAAGGUAUAGCGAGCAGAGGAGAGAUGCUCUCGCAGCCAUCCUGACUGCACUGCAAGGACAUCACAACCACCAUCACAGCACACAAUGACGACGUCAAACAACGGAACAGGCUGAGGUUUACUGUUUAUACCAAACACUCCAAACACUCCCACCACAUUCCUCUUCAGCAGCAGCAUUGCAAGUUUUUUUCUGAUCUUAUUAACUGCAUCCAGCAUAAUCUGUUCAAUCUGUGUGGCAACCAUUCUUCAUGUAGUUCAGUGAUAUCCUUCUCGAUACUGCGGUUGUUUACUUGUCACAACAGGGCAGUGAUUAAAAAAAAACUAUCGUUUUUUUUUUUUACUUUAUAUCUUAAAUUAAAGAGUAUGUACUGUUUUAAUGUAUCUGCUGAGUUAUGUCACAUUGAUCUAUUAGCCUCCCCACCACUUCUAAAUACAUAAUGCACCUCUUUUCCAUAAUUUAGUCACUACAAUGUACUGCAAUUCCUAAAGAGAAGGGAGGCUGUCAGGUCAACCGUGUAGACGUUUUAAUUCUACUGUAACAACUUAAAGAAAAUGUGUCCCAUAUCAUCGGUGAUCAACACUUGCUAUAUUGUUGCUGAGUUCAUUAACACUGAAGUUGUUCUUUUUGUAACAGGUGGUGUUAAUAAAAGGGAUGCUUGAUAAAUCUGCC